AGGGUGUGUCCGGUGGCCACCAUUAUUUCUGGGUAUUAAAAUCUUAGACAUUCAAAUACAGUGAUAUUACAUGUGUGUAGCAGAACAACGGCAAUUGACUGCAGCUUUUACGCGUCGCCAAGUGAAUGACCUGGCAUGUCUGCCACGGACUGGUACGCGCAUAAAUCCCUCGGGGAAGGACUAUAUUGGAUCCAGGAGAAGUUUUUCGAAUCGUCAAACAGAGCUAAUAUUUGGCUCCUCCGAGGAUCUCACCAAGACGUAGUGAUAGACACAGGCUUGGGUUUGAGGAGCUUACCUGACUACAUUAACUCCAAAGGUCUGCUUGGAGACGACCCGCAGCGAAAGAACCCCCUUUUGGCUAUCGCCACCCACGCCCACUUCGACCACUCAGGUGGUCUGUAUCAGUUCCAACAGGUCGGGGUCCACAGUGCAGAGGUCGAUGCGCUGGCUAACGGAGACAACUUCGAGACGGUCACCUGGCUGUCCGAUAGAGAGAUAGUCCAGGCUCCCUGGCCGGGAUGGAGGGCCAGGCAAUACAGAGUCAAAGCUGUACAACCAACACAUAUACUACAAGAAGGUGAUGUCAUCAACCUGGGUGACAGGCAGCUGACGGUGCUGCACAUGCCCGGCCACUCCCGGGGCAGCAUCUGCUUGCACGAUGGCAACAACAAGAUGCUGUUCAGUGGGGACGUGGUCUACGACGGAGCCAUGAUCGACUGGCUGCCCACUAGCCAGGUCAGCGACUACAUCAGCAGCUGUGAGCGCCUGGUGGGGCUGGUGGACAGCGAGCAGGUGGACCAGGUAAUGCCGGGACACUAUCACACAUUUGGCGCGAAGCAGCUCCACCGCAUCGCCUCGGGGUACAUUGACAAAGCUGGCACCUGCCCGGCACGCUUCUCCACGUUCGCCUGGAGGACCUUGGCCGGAUUGGCGUUACGGGCCUCCAACACACGGGGCGGGGCAUCUGCUAGCCAAGGGACAGGCUAGCAUUUAGAGUCGCACAGGUAGACUGGGGAUAUGCGGGAGAUAAUUUACCCCUUCAAUGAUCAGGAAUUCUUUGUACUGUCAAUCAGAAACUGCUGUGAUCCAAUGUAUGUUAAUUUACAUCAUUAAUUAAAAUGCCCCCACGCUUUACAUCAGGCAAUGAUUGACAGAAAAUCAAGAUUCCCAUCAUUAUGGGAUGCAUUCAAGACUGGAAAAUGAAUAUAUACACUGCUCAAAAAAAUAAAGGGAACACUAAAAUAACACAUCCUAGAUCUGAAUGAAUGAAAUAUUCUUAUUAAAUACUUUUUUCUUUACAUAGUUGAAUGUGCUGACAACAAAAUCACACACAAAUUAUCAAUGGAAAUAAAAAUGUAUCAACCCAUGGAGGUCUGGAUUUGGAGUCACACUCAAAAUUAAAGUGGAAAACCACACUACAGGCUGAUCCAACUUUGAUGUAAUGUCCUUAAAACAAGUCAAAAUGAGGCUCAGUAGUGUGUGUGGCCUCCACGUGCCUGUAUGACCUCCCUAAAAUGCCUGGGCAUGCUCCUGAUGAGGUGGCGGAUGGUCUCAUGAGGGAUCUCCCAGACCUGGACUAAAGCAUCUGUCAACUCCUGGACAGUCUGUGGUGCAACGUGGCGUUGGUGGAUAGAGCAAGACAUGAUGUCCCAGAUUCAGGUCUGGGGAACGGGCGGGCCAGUCCAUAGCAUCAAUGCCUUCCUCUUGCAGGAACUGCUGACACACUCCAGCCACAUGGGGUCUAGCAUUGUCUUGCAUUAGGAGGAACCCAGGGCCAACCGCACCAGCAUAUGGUCUCACAAGGGGUUUGAGGACACAUCUCAUCUCGGUACCUAAUGGCAGUCAGGCUACCUCUGGCGAGCACAUGGAGUGUGGCCCCCCAAAGAAAUGCCACCCCAGACCAUGACUGACCCACCACCAAACCGGUCAUGCUGGAGGAUGUUGCAGGCAGCAGAACGUUCCCCACGGUGUGUCCAGACUCUGUCACAUGUGCUCAGUGUGAACCUGCUUUCAUCUGUGAAGAGCACAGGGCGCCAGUGGCGAAUUUUCCAAUCUUGGUGUUCUCUGGCAAAUGCCAAACGUCCUGCACGGUGUUGGGCUGUAAGCACAACCCCCACCUGUGGAUGUCGGGCCCUCAUACCACCCUCAUGGAGUCUGUUUCUGACCGUUUGAGCAGACACAUGCACAUUUGUGGUCUGCUGGAGGUCAUUUUGCAGGGCUCUGGCAGUGCUCCUCCUGCUCCUCCUUGCACAAAGGCGGAGGUAGCGGUCCUGCUGCUGGGUUGUUGCCCUCCUACGGCCUCCUCCACGUCUCCUGAUGUACUGGCCUGUCUCCUGGUAGCGCCUCCAUGCUCUGGACACUACGCUGACAGACACAGCAAACCUUCUUGCCACAGCUCGCAUUGAUGUGCCAUCCUGGAUGAGCUGCAUUACCUGAGCCACUUGUGUGGGUUGUAGACUCCGUCUCAUGCUACCACUAGAGUGAAAGCACCGCCAGCAUUCAAAAGUGACCAAAACAUCAGCCAGGAAGAAUAGGAACUGAGAAUUGGUCUGUGGUCACCACCUGCAGAACCAUUCCUUUAUUGGGGGUGUCUUGCUAAUUGCCUAUAAUUUCCACCUGUUGUCUAUUCCAUUUGCACAACAGCAUGUGAAAUUUAUUGUCAAUCAGUGUUGCUUCCUAAGUGGACAGUGUGAUUGACUUAGUUACAUUGUGUUGUUUAAGUGUUCCCUUUAUUUUUUUGAGCAGUGUAUAUAUAUAUUUUAAUAUAAUAUUAAGAAUUUGACAAGUUGUGUGAUUGUUGGAAUGUGCUUUCACGUUAGGCAGCAUCUCUUAUGGCGGUGUUUCUCUACCCCAGUACUCACAGUUGCAUAUUUUUGUAUUUGCCCAGCUGGAAUAACUAAUGAAGAGCUAGAUAGUUAGUUGUCGAGUCAAAUAUGCAACCUUAAGGAGGCUCUGGGAUCAGAGAUGAGUAACACUGCCAUAGGGGAAAUAAGGUGACAGGCAGCACACCACCUACUGACCUCAACACAGACAGAAAGAGAGAGAGACACAGAGACACAUUCACACACACAGAGCAUGACCGUCUAGAUCUUUGUAACCUCGUCCCCAGGCUAACAAGAGAGAGAAAAGGCGGCUGGUGGACGAGACUAUAUAUUUUGUAACACUGCAUAAAGCCAUCACAAGUAUUAGCACAUUCCUGAAAUGAGACAUUCCAGUUACUGUGUUGCUUUUUCUUUUACUUUCAACACUGAGGAAAAGGACAUUUUCAACAGCACAAAUUCCCAUUGGAAAGAUUCAUGUGAUAGUUUGGCUGCAAAUACCAAUUCUGUGCCCUUCCACACUCCACUCCACAUCAUAGAUUUAACAAUGGUGGAAAAUCCCUCUAGCGAAUGAUUUCACUAAUCCAAUGAUUUUAAAUUCAUGACUGGAAGUGCACAGUUUGGGAGACGGGUGGAGAAUUGGCACGCAGGCUUGGAUCCUGUGUGCAGAGAAUGACAAGGAUAACUGGGUCACCAAUGGCUCUUGCAGUACAUUGUCUGGAUAGCUGAAAUACGCUACAGCAGUUUUCAACUUUAAAUGGAUAAAAUAUUCAUUCAGUCCCUAAACUAUGAAACAGAACACUGCGUUGGCAUGCACUAUGUCUGCAUACAUUUUGGGUCAAUUGACAAGAGUUUAAAGGGGUAGGCCAUCAUUGUAAAUAAGAAUUUGUUCUUAACUGACUUGCCUAGUUAAAUAAAGGUAAAAAAAUAAAAAACGAAGUGUCUGUCUAA